AUGCAAAGUCGACAAACUGGUGAACAAUUGCUGUCGUGGUGUCUUUCCCUCGAGGGAAAACUGCACGAGUCUUGCAUUGCCAUGCAAAAGAAGCUUGGUAGCCCUUCGACGUUGUCUCCCAACGCUACUAUCUUGCAAGGAUUCCGCAGCUCUCUUUCUACAGACAUAUUUUUGGGCCAUGUUCAAUUUCCGUCCCUGGCCUGUGCGGAGUCCCAACAAACCUAUUGGGCCACGCUGGUACUUCUUUACCCGCUCAUCGACCAAUUACUCGGCAUUCUUGGGCAACCUGGGGAUGCCUACACUUUAGCCAAAACAUGUCCCACUCCUAGUGACCAAACGGACACCGCAACAACACCGGGCUCGGAGACUGCCGCAGAUUUCACGGCCUUGACCGAGCAUUAUGCGGAUGAAAUUUGCCGCUCUGUUCUUUAUUGUAUACAGCCCGACUUGAAGACUAUGGGCGCGCAGUUAAUGCUGGCACCUUUAAGUCAAGCUGCACAAUUCUACAAUGUGCAAGAGAUCAUUCCGAAACAUCAGUGGUGUCAAUCUGUCUUUAUGACUCUGUCUCACUUGGGCCUGGGCAUUGGCCCUCUGUUGAAAGACAUGGUAUGGCCUAAAUACCGGAUCUCUCAGAGGCAGGAGUCUAUCUCUCCCGAGGUGGAAUCGCCCGAAGGAGGUUCUUGA